AGAUCCUUUCUGUAGCGUAAACAUUUAUGGGCCGUUAAAAAUAGUAAAAUACACCAAACAUACUUCGUAAAUACGCUUAGUUUUACUGCACAGUGCAUCACCAUCCAUCCAUCGUCAGCCGCUUCUCCUGCGUACAAUCCCAGCUGCCAUCGGGCGAAAGGCAGGGUCCACCCUGGACAGGUCGCCAGUCCAUCGCAGGGCGAUUACAUCAUCCUGUUUAUUGAUAUUUGUAUCAUUAUUAUAUUUUACCCCUCUCUCUGGAGCUCGAUGCAUGUACUGCACGGUCAGAGGUGGUACAACACCAGGUGGCUUAAUGAGAAGAAGCUUUGGAGUCCUUGAAUGAUGAAGUCAUCCUGAGGGAGCUGCUGUCAGAAAUAAAACUGGACUAAAGUCAGUAAAUAAAUCACAGCAUGAAGUAGCAGAAAAUGGAAAUGUGUGUGUGCUGUAGAUUCCUCGUAUGUCCACACACCUGGUCCUGAAUCAGGUCAAAACAGACAGCAGUGUUUAUGACAUCAUCAGUCAAUCGGCCAAUCCGAUCCCCGGGGUGCGUUCCAAUACGUGCUACUGCUCUUCAGGAUUUUCCACCGCGUGACCUCUGAGCUGUGGUCUGGUCUCCUGCUGAGGAGCUCAGAGCUGAACCAGGAUCAGGAGUCUAUAAUUAUCUCAGAUUAACUGCAGAGCAGCUUCAGCAGCGGCUCCUCACACGCUUCACUCCCAGCACCAUCAUGUCUGUCCGCAGCGCCGCCGCCGCCGCCGGCCCCCCCUGGAGGAACCACAGCUUCAUUCUGGGGGGGGGCAGGGACCCUCCUCUGACCGACCAGGGCGAGACCAUCAUCGGAGUCUACCUGCUGCUGCUGGGUUGGCUGUCCUGGUUUGGAAACAGCAUCGUCCUCUUCGUCCUGUACAGACAGAGAGCCACCCUGCAGCCCACAGACUACCUGACCUUUAACCUGGCCGUCUCUGACGCCAGCAUCUCAGUGUUCGGCUACUCCAGAGGCAUUGUGGAGGUCUUCAAAGUCUUCCAGAACAGCGAAUACAUCAUCUCCUCCAUCUGGACCUGCGAGGUGGACGGGUUCUUCACACUGGUGUUUGGUCUGGGCAGCAUCCUCACACUGACAGUCAUCAGCAUCACCCGCUACAUCAAAGGAUGUCACCCGAGCAGAGCCCGUCACAUCAGCAGGACCAGCGUGUGCUUCUGCCUGCUCUUCAUCUGGAUCACAGCUGGGUUCUGGUCCGGAGCUCCGCUGUUCGGCUGGGGGAGCUACACAGAUCGUGGGUAUGGAACCUGUGAGAUCGACUGGGCCAAAGCGACCUACUCAGCCGUCUACAAGUCCUACAUCAUCUCUGUCUUCACCGUCUGCUUCUUCAUCCCGGUGUUCAUCAUGCUCUUCUGCUACGUCUCCAUCAUCAACACGGUGAAGAGAGGCAACGCCCUGUCCGCUGAGGGAGACCUGACCGACCGCCAGAGGAAGAUCGAGCGGGACGUCACCAUAGUUUCCAUAGUGAUCUGCACGGCCUUCAUCUUGGCGUGGUCUCCGUACGCCGUGGUGUCCAUAUGGUCGGCCUGUGGCUUCCACGUGCCCAACCUCACCAGCAUCUUCACCCGCCUCUUCGCCAAGUCCGCCAGCUUCUACAACCCCCUUAUCUACUUCGGACUCAGCUCCAAGUUCCGCAAAGACGUGGCGGUCCUGCUACCCUGCACCCGCGAUGCCAAAGACACCGUCAAGCUGAAGCGCUUCAAGCCGAAGGCCGAUGCCCACGCCCGGCCCGCCGCAGGGGGCGGAGCCAGACUCAAAGUUCCUCUGAACUGGCCAGAAAAGAAGUACUCGCCCGGGAACCAGCCUAACCUGGUCCCCAGCCCGGACUCCGGGAUGGGAAGCCCGCCCUGCACGCCGCCACCCGUCAACAAGGAGGUGUUCUACAUCGACAUGCCCCGCCCCUCUGAGCCCAGCUUUGAGUCUGAAUGUGAGAGGCUCUGAUGACCUCGGCGGACCUGGAGGAUGCCAUGAACUCGUGACCCCUGCUCAGUUCAGAUGACGCCAGCAGGACGCUGAUUUCACCAAGUCGUGACGCCCAAAGUAGAGAAGAAGAAAACGACAUCACUUAGUUUGUGCCCAACUUGUAGACCAGCUUCAGGUCAGCUGACAGACCAAAGUGUGGGGGGACCGGAGGUCGGACGGUACCGGGGGUUACCACAUCCGCCCGAAUACAAGCUCCCACGGCAACUUUCCAUGAUCCGACUUUGACUCUCGUCCCACACGGUUGGUCUGACGGCGAGUCCUCAGACCUGAAACACCUGCUGAGGUCUGAAGGACUUUCUCCUCGCCAUCAGCGCCAGAAGAUCCAGUCUGUUUCUGCCGGAGGUGUGGACUCGUGCAACUCGACUUUGACUUUAACACCAGUGACUCGUGACUUCACUUGGACUGGAGCCUUCAGACUCGACCUGACUUGGACCCUCACAGAAUAUAAAUGACAAAGAAUUCAAUAAAAGCUGUCACAACAUCGACACUUGAUUUAAUUCAUGAAAUGACCCGACGGGUGUCUCUGCCUGUUUCCUGUUCAGGUUAAAACUUUAUUAAACAAAGUUUCUUUCGAUUUGAAUCUUGUCAAAAAUAUGAAAUGGUAUUAAACUUGGUGAAGAGCACAGCGUGACUUGUUCAGGACUCGAACUCAAAGUUCAGGACUCGGACUUGCCUGUCUGUAUUUCAGUGAUCAGUUUUUUUUCUACCCGACCCGGGUUAAAUGCAGAAGAUCCUCCGUCCUUCAGGCCUCUGCACCUGCGCAGGAUCCAAGGUCAGUUUAUAACAUCUGACUCUGGACGCAGAACUGGGUCCUGGACUCUGGGGUCCAGUCCAGGUUCCUGUUCUUUCCUGCUGACAGAGAUGAACUGAAGGAUGAGUUUGUUCUGGAGGAGCCUGAAAGUCUGUAGAUGUUAAACUGAACCAGGACCAGGUGUGAAGUUUAGCUCUGUGUUGUGGGAGAAAACUGUUCAUUUGUAUUUAAGGUGAAAAUUAAGAAUAAAAACGUUGGUGACAAACCCGACCUGUCCUCCGACCUGACAAAGGGCGUUUAUGCCUCCUAAAACCACACGGUUUUAAAUACAUAAUUUACGUUAUAACUGUUUAAAAAAUUGGUUAGCGGCCCGUUGGUUCUUUUUCUGUACCGACACCAUGAUGGCCCAAUCACAACUCUCACUGGCCACUUACAUUAUUUUUGUGUCAGUAAUGUCUACAAGUAAUUAAAUGUCAUUAACAUGGUCUGUCUGUAGCUACAGGUGUGGUCUGCUUUUAGGCCACCCGCCUGAGCCAGUCAGUGGUCGGAAGUGGUCUGACGGCUUGGCUGUAGCCCUGAUUCAGACCAGCUUACAUGUAGGUUUCAGCCCUGCAGCCUGGGAGGAGCCGGAUAUCAUAUCAUCAAAUGAAAGAAAACGUUUGAAACAUUAAAUGAUCUUUAUUUUCACUGUAACGUUCACGACAUUCACUUUGAUUUCAAACUAAGUGCAGUUACUAUUUUCAGCCACUAGAUGGCAGCUGUACCUCCUGAGACAGGACUGUUGGCAACGCCACACUUUUUUUAACAACUUUAUUUGAGUUUGCAAGAAUGACACAAGUAUAAAACAACUGUAACAGUAGAAAGAAUCAAGUGCAUGAGUUGAGUAAGGGACUAAAUGAAAACUUUAGAUACAACACAAGCUGCUGCAGUUCGAAUUUGCUUUUGCUUUUCAGACCACUGAAUUAAAAUGAUGUAAUGUUUGAACUCUUUCAAAGACAGCAACGUUUCUUAUCUGUUGAUGAAUAUGAAGAAGUGUUUCUCUGUACGUUAUCUUCUGGCCAAAACAUUCUUCCAAAGCAAAACUUUCAACAAUAUUAUCAGGAAUAAAGCCACAUCAGUUUUGCCUGAAACUUUCCACAA